AUGCUGGGAAUUGCAGUUCCUUCGCCCCCACCCCUUUCCUCGCGACUGCCCGCGGGGAGUCUCUGCCCGUUCACGGCGCCUCCCUUUUUACAUCUGGAGCGUGGGGGGAUCCGGCGGGAAUGGGCAGGAGCCGCCGCGGGGGAGGAGGAAGCCAGCCGGGCUGGGCUUUGCACUUUGGGCCUUAGAGAAGCCUCCGCGUCAGCCGAACACGCUUUUCAGAGCAAGAAAUGUGAGUUGUGAAAAAAGAAAGAAAAAAAGAAAGAAAGAACCCAAAUUAAUAAAUCCCCCCUUUUUUUGGUUUGGUUGGUUCUGCCCUUGGGCGAUCAAUGAGCCUCCGGGAGGCUGCCGUAACCGCCUGCCUGCCUGCCUUCGCCCACGGAAAAAACUGCAAGAGAUCCAGCCAGGAGGAAGAAGCUUUGGGAAGUGAUGCAAGGAGGGAUCGGACUUUUGGAUCCCCCCCCCCCCCACAGAGCAGCUGCUUUGCAUGCAGAAGGUCUCCUAGUUAGUAGCGAGGAUUCUGAAGUAGCUGGACCAGUGGUCUGACUUGGUAAAAAGCAGCCCCCUCUGUUCCUGGGAGGUGCUUUGGCUUAGUGGUAGAGCACCUGCUUUGCAUGCAGAAGUUCCCAGGUCCAGCCCCCCUCCGGCCUUCCAAGCAAGGCAGGCGAAAAACUUCCUGAAACUCUGGAGAGUUACCUCUGGUCAGUGCCGCAGGACUGGGCUAAAUGGAACAACAGCCUGGCUCCGUGGAAGGUAGGGUACCAGCUCUGCAUGCAGAAGGUUGCCGACUCAGUCCCUGGCAUUGGGGCUUCUGUGUGCAAAGUAGAUGCUCUACCACUGAGCUGCUGCCCAUUCCCUAAAAAUAAAGCAAGAUUCUAGUCCUCAUGGUUCCGAAUGUUGAACACAGGAAGCUGCCUUCCCCUGCAUCUUGCUCACUACCACAUGCACUCAUUGGCAACAGCUCUCUAGGGCUUGAAAGUAUUUCACAGCUCUGCUUGGAGAGGCUCUUGGGUAUCGAAAUUGGGAACCUCUGCAUGCAAAGCCAAUGGCCUGCUGCUGAGCUGCAUCCUUACCCUGAUCAAAGAGCAAGGCCUGCUUGUUUCAUCCUCCACUCCCCUUCUUCUUUAUCUGGAAGAGCCUUAGAGGUGUGCUCAGAGCAUCCCCUAUUAUUCCAAAAGCAGGCCCAUCCCACGCAGUGUGUGCCCCUGCUGGUAUGCAGAGGCCCUAGUUGGCUGCUCAGUUUCAGCUCUCUUGCACGGCAGGCUCCGGGGAUGAAAGCACUCUAGGAACUAAGAACGAAAGCCAAUCCUACGCUGCUUUUAAGCAGACUGCCGUCUGUCAGGGGUAAUUCCUGCCUUGUAGGGGGUUGGACUAGAUGCCUCUUGGGGUCCCUUCCCGCUCUACAAUUCUAUGAUUAUAUGAAAUACAUUUCCUCCCAGGGAAGUGUGUGUAUUAAACCUCUGUGCGGCCAUGAUGCUUUUAAAAGCAUAUUGCAAGCUGGUUCUUGCUUGGGAAUAAGAGGAAUCUUCCUGCAUCAAGCCAAUGGCCCAUCUUGUCCAGCAUCCUGUUCUCACUGUGGCCCAACCAGAUGUCUAUUAUGAGAAGCCUGCAAGCAGGAGCUGCUGGAGCGAGUUGCUUGAUUGGAGCUGGCCUUGCAGUGACAUGGCCCACCCUCGUUGACAUGUGGCCCUCAGAAGGGCAGGUGGCCCUCAGAAGGCUGACAAAAGUCCGCAGUCCAUGAGUUAUCAAAACUUUGGAAGAUUCAUUUUUGCAUACCUGAAGCUGGAAGGAAAUCAUAGGAUUGUAGAGUUCGAAGGUACCCCAAGGUCAUUGAGUCUAGCCCCAUGCAAUGCAAGAAUCACAACUAAAGAAUCCCGGAUAGAUGGCCAUCCAACUUAAAACCUCCAAGGAAGGAAUCUCCACCACCUUCUAAGGGAGUCCGUUCCCCCGUUGAACAGCUCUUGCCCUUUAGAAUGUUCUUGCUAAAGCUUAGUUAGAAUCUCCUUUCCUUGUCAUUUGAAUCCCUUGGUUUGGUUCCUACCUUCCAGAACAGCAGAAAACGAGCCUGCGCCUUCUUCCGAGGGAGUCCGUUCCAUUGUCAAACAGCUUAUAAUUGGGGAGACAGGAUGAGAUUUUUAUUUUGACAUCCCUCUUUCAAAGGGCUGCCUGGCAGGACCCAGUCGCUGCCUUUUUCAAAGAUGUGGGCUAGAACCUCCGACACAGAUCAUUGUGUAGAACAUAACAAAAUGUUGGUAGACUUUGCAAGGGAUUCUAGCAGGAGUUCAUGGAGUAGACCAGGGUAUGUGUCUGUGUGGGUUACCAGCUGAAAGCAACUGGAGAUGUGUGCCCUGGAGGCAAGGGGUUUAGUAGUAAUAAGAAUAAAAAUAAAGUUCCUGUACAGAUACAUAUUUUUUUGAAUGCCCCCAAAUUAAAAGAAUGGCAGCUCCAAUUCUCUCUCCCAUCCCCGCAAAGGAUUUCACCUCAUUGCCCAAGUAUAGCUGAAAUGAAAGAACUGAUUUUGAAAGGGUGCUUGCCAAUUAUGUAUAGUCUUAGGCACCACAAAUGUAGAGUGGGUCCAGAAAUCUACAGUGGUUCUGUUUGCUUGUUGGGCAUUAAUUUCCCUUAAGUAUUUAGACAAACAAAAUUAGAGCUUCAUUGCCAGUAGGAAGAAUUGCAACCUUAAUCAAUCCAGCAUUCCCUCUGCUUCACAAUAUUCUUUUCUUAAAUAAGUGACUUCACUUGCUUUAUUUAUUUAUUCCUGAUUUUUUAUUUUUCUGAUGUCUGAUUUUUCUGAUUUUUUGAUUUCAAAAUUCAAAAAAAUCAUAAAAUCAAAAACACACAUACAAAAGCAAAUAAAAAACAAAAAGCAAACUAAACAAAUAAAACAAAAACCAUUGAAUGACUUUUUCCUGAUUUUUUGAUUUUUCCGAUUUCUGUGAUUUGUGACUUUUUUAUUUCAAAAAUCAAGAAAUCAAAAAAUCAGAAACACAUACAAAUAGCAAAUAAAAAACAAAAAAGCAAACAAAAAAGCAACCUAACCAAAUAAAACAAAAAAUAUUCACCUGCAUUUUUUUAAAGAUAGGAAUAAAAUGUUUCCAAGUAUAUGUGUCAUAACAUGAGCUAGCCUUUUCUUUUUUAUCUAGUUGUUUACAAAAUUGAAAGUAGGCAUUUUGUUGGUCAAUUUGUUCAGACGUGAUUGUGUCUGAAUGUCCAGUAUAUGUAAUAAUAUAAGCUGCAUAAAUCAGUAUAAUUUCUCCAUCCCUUUUAUUUCAAGAGUUGUCAGUCUUUAAGAGAUGAAUGAAUGCAUCAUUCAUUCUUUCAUCUCUUAGCAUUGGAAAUUUUUGACUUUGUACCACCCCAGUGCAACUGGAAUGUUUGUGGAGGAAACUUUUGAGUCUCAAAAGUUCAGAUAUAUGUUUUUUUUAAUCAGCUAAAUAAAUUGGGGGUGGGGGUAACUGGGACAAGUACCAAGGGAACUAGUGACAAAGAUUUUUUUAAAAAAAUUAAAAAUUAAAAGCAUAACAUUGAAUCUGGAAUAGAAAUAUUUUUAGACCUUGUUUUUGGAGGCAGUAAUGUUCGAAAGCACGCCAAAAAGUGCAAGUAGAUAAAUAGGUACCGCUCCAGUGGGAAGGUAAACGCCGUUUCCAUGUGCUGCGCUGGUUUCACCAGAAGCAGCUUAGUCAAUCUGGCCACAUGACCUGGAAGCUGUACGCUGGCUCCCUCAGCCAAUAAAGCGAGAUGAGUGCCGCAACCCCAGAGGCAGCCAUGACUGGACCUAACGGUCAGGGGUCCCGUUACCUUUACCUUUUAAUGUUUGUGAAUACCAGUUGCUGGAAACCACAGGAGGGGAGAGGGCUGUUGUGCUCAGGUCCUGCUUGUGGGCUUCCCAUUUGGGCACCUGGUUGGCCACUGUGAGAACAGGAGGCUGGGCUAGAUGGGCCUCCUUUGUCCUGACCCAGCAGGGCUCUUCUUAGGUUCUUGUUUUCAAAGCAGGCUCUUUCAUUAACGGAAAUGCUGUGUUUUCCUUCCCGUGCCCUCAAUUUUAUAAGGAAGUUAGAGCAACAAAAAGUGAGAGUUGCAACAAAAUAUUGCAGCGUGGAGUGUUAUUCAGGUGUUCGGGUCAGCCAGCCACCCUCUCCCAGGAUACUCCAUUGCAUUGUUGUUACCCCCACCCUUUGUCAGUCAGCAUUCUGUGGCCACUGAGCAUGGAUUAUUGUUGGUUUUGGUCCCCUUAGUUAUACAUCAGAAAGAUAAUUUGGUUUCCUCAUAGUCUGCUAAUAAAUAUCUCCAUUUUAUCUUUUCUUGGCUCCAUUUCUCUUCCAUAGCUAUUGGUGCUCAACCCCUGAGUUUGGGCAAUUGUGAAUGAAGUGAGUUCACUUUCAGAUGUCAACAGAUCCGAAUUCUGCACCCAUUCCUAUUUGAUCAUAGAAUAAAAUUUGUUGCUGCUGCUGAAAUUACCCCUGUAAUGUAGCUUAUCAUAUGAUUUCCUCCCCUGGUUUCCUGGAUUCUGGUCUCGUGCUCUCACAAAAAACCAACAACACACACUCACACACCCUUCUGACAGCCUUUCCUGCUGUGUAAUACAGUGUGAUCGUUUGCUCCAGGAGUCUUAGGUGGGUGUAGACAUGGACGACACCCCAAAAGGAGCACUUCAAAUAUCUGAUUGCUCCUGACAGGAACUCCACCCCCCCCAGCUCUUGCACAUGCUCUGAAUCAUAUUAGAACCCACAUCACUUCCAUUUUGCUCUGGAUUUUCCCAAUAAUGAGCUGUUGAUAAAGAGCCCAGGAAUAGAGAACACUAGCAGGUAAGUCAGGAGUGAACUUUUAAUCUGUGAACCGCUUUGUAUUGGUCAUGAUUGUUUUAUGGGAAUAUGCAAGUAAACUCCCUAAACUCCUUAAAUAUACUAAGGGAAGCUGCCUGCCAUUGUUCAAGGAUGUGUGUGCACUUGUGAAGAGAUCCAUGACUUGGAGCACGGAAGGCAGAUUGAGAGUAUGUGGGUAAAAAUCAUAGGGGAGAAACAGCAGUGAUCUUACUGUGGGUGUCUGCUAAAGACCACCAAGCCAGACUGAAGACUUGGGUGAUGCUUUCCUAGAGCAGAUUACUAAACAUUCAAAAAGGAGAGCUACAGUAGAGAUGGGCAACUUCAACUGCCAUGGUAUCUGCUGGGACUGUAAGGUCCAACAAAUUCCUCCAAUCCCUUGCUGAAAAUUUCAUUUCCCAGAAGGGGAUAAUCAUAUCUUGGACCUGGUCCUCACCAGGGGGAAAGAACUGAUUGACUGAACUGGGAAACUUGGGAGGACGUGAUUGUGAGUUCCUGGGUUUCAUGAUUACAGAGGCAAGGGAAAACUGAGUAGUCAAACAUGCACAUUUGAGUUUAAGAAGGCUGAUUUCAAAAAGCUUAAGGAGCUACUGGGUGAGAUUCCACGGUCAGAAAAACUUUUUUAUUAUUAUAAAGGAGUUCAAGAUGGAUGCUAGUUUCUUAAGGGGAUGGGCUGCUCAAGACAUGGACCAAGCACUUCCACCCAAUUUCCCAAAUUAUACCAACAACACAGAGCUACAAUUUAGCAUCACUUACUCUCUGUGGCAUCUAUUCUUGCAUGUGUGGCCAUGCCUAGGAACUCCCUCCAUAUUGAUAUUGUUGUACUGUUGAUUUUGAUGCCUUCUAAAACACAUUUGUUCGGGCAAGUCUACCCAGAUGUGUAAUUCUAUUGUGCACAUUGGUUUUUAAAAAUAUAUUGAAUUUAUCUGUAUUUUCAUAAUUUUAUUGUGUCUAUUGUUUUUAAAUUCUGCUUUUUGCUGUAUUUAAAUGAGCAUUUUAUACCAUUUCAUGUAGAGAUUUUAAACAGUAUAUAAAGCUAUACAAAUAAAAAAAUUAAAUAAUUUGUGAGCAAUGGAAAUAAUAAGAACAUAAGAGCCCCGGUGGAUCAGGCCUGUGGCCCAUCUAGUUCAACAUCAUGGAGAAAAAGGCUAUUUAUGGCUACUAGCCAUGAUGGCUAUGCUCUUCCCACAGUGGAGAGAGGCAGUAAUGCUUCUUGGAUAGCAGUUGCUAGAAAAAGCAGGAGUGGAGAGGGCUCUUGUGCUUGGAUCCUGCUUGAGGGUUGGCCACUGUGAGAAUAGGAUGCUGGACUCAGUGCUGGAUUUACGUAUAAGUUAAACAAGCUAUAGCUUAGGGCCCCGCUCCCCCCCCCCCAAUUUACUACUUCUUAAUGGUAUUUCAGUUCAACAAUUACUUUGAUAAAAUACAUAUUUUGUUAUGCUAACUGCCUCUCAUCUCAAGACGGGGCUCCACCCAUUUACUGACUAGCAUAUUCUUUGGAUGUUAAUAUUCUGGUUUAAUAUCCCAGACCAUUACUAGGCUUUGUUCUCCUAAAGACCAACAAGCUAUCACCAGGCUUGCCUAGCUGUAUCUUAUGGGCUUCAGAAUUUGGCACAGUUUAACUUCCCAAACCUUGAUUAAUUCUAUUUUUAUUGAAUCCAGGGAUUCAUGGUGUAUGGCACCCUACAAACACAUAACAGUGGUUUUCAAAGUAACAGGGGGGGAAAAUGGAAUCAAUCUUUUUUUCUUUUUAUGGCCCCUGGUUCAUGGAACCUUCCAAACCAGAAGUGGUUUUAUGCCAUGUGAAAGAUCACUUAAGAUGUGGAACUCGGAAGAUGUGGAAGAUGGAAUAAAGUGUUGUUUGAAAGCAUCCUAAGAAAACGUCAAAACACACGAAGAGUGGAAUGUGCAUGUUUUCAAUUAUUUCCCCCAACAAUUAUGACCUUAAAGCUAAAAGGACUAAAAAACCUAUGUAAAAUAAUUAACUUGAAGAUGAACUGGAAAUUGUUCAGAGCUCCUCCCCAAAACAAACUUAAUUCAUGUCCCAGUCACUCCACAAUUACUGGAAUUGGUUUUAGGUAUCAUUCAGAGAUUUUCAAACUAAUUUGGUGAACUUUGUUAAACUGAUCUACAGUUCAUUCCAUGCACUGCUGUGUCCUACUUUACAAGGCUGCUGUGUAAAUUCCAAAGGCAAUCUAGCAGAAUAUGAUAUGAACUAUCUGAAUAAAUGGGGGGCUCGCUGCAUGGGAUCAUGGCCGCUUCUGGAAGGGAAAUAGCAAACAUUUCAUUUCUGAGAGCACAGAUUCCUGGGCAUUUGAGCAUCCACAAUGCUGGUCAGUAUGCUGGCCUCUUGCAGAAGACACGUCCCUGAUUUCUGUGGAUCCCAUGGCAUGAACCAAGUCAGUUCCUCUGAAACUACCUUUUUAGAGUUUCCUAUAAGCCACCAGCCACUUAUCCAGAAGGAUAGAUUUCUGAAUGGGGCUUCAGUGGGGGGUUGUGAGGUGGGGAGGGGAAGAGUGUGUGGAAUAAAAGGUGUUGUGAUCCUUUUGAAUGACACCUUACAAUCGUGACCCAUGUGCCGCUGGGGACUGAGUGCUGCCUGUGUGAAAUACACCUUUGCAAGACUGAAAAUUCUGGUGUGUGUGUGUGUGUGUGUUUUAAGUAUUAAUAUAUAUGGGGGGGGUGUUGACUGGGGAGGACAUUGCGGUCAUCCGUGGCACUGUCCCCCCUUAGGCUGAAAAAGUCCCCGGCAAUAGCUUUUUUUCACUUGCCUGCAGCUGAUGGGUGAAUGUCCCAGUGACCACUGGAGGUCACUUUUUCAAUAAUAUAGUUCAAUCCAACUUUAUUUGAGCGAAUAUCUUUUCAUGCCGUAGUGUCUCUCAUAAGCCGCCAGGCACAGGGAGAGGAAGAGAGGGAGAGAAAGGGGGAGAGGGGGAGAGAAGCAGCAGCAGGAAGAUGAACAAAUAAUAGCAGAGGAAAGGAGGAAUGAACACUUGGCCAAACCGGAAUAAAUGGCGAAAUACGGUAUGUUGCUUAUGGGAGAGGAAAGAUAAAGGUUUGGAAAAAUUGUUGCAUCAGACCUAACUCAUGCGAUGUUCUUUGAAAAUGUUCCUAAAGGAUUGCAUCUUAUGCUAAAUAGGCUAUGUUGAAAGUCUCCAGGUGGACCAGGGACCCUGAUUGCUGCGUUUCUUGUCAUUGCAGGGAUCACACAACAGGGGAGAGCUACUCUUCCAAAACUGUGUGCCAGGCCAAGGAAGGCUAAAGUGACGUUGAAGAAUAGCCAAUUUUGCCACAAGAAAUAAAUACACGUGUUAAAAAUGUUAGUUUUAGAUAAGUGUGUCUAGUUGUGUCUCUGCUUCACUAACCUCAACCCUGC